AAUCAGCAACGGUAUUGGCCAUAACAAGUUCCUUGUAAUUUAUGCAACUAUGGAGAAAGCGUUCACCUCUUUUCUCUUAACUUCCUUGUUACUUCACUAUGUUAUGGCUAGUUCAGCCAUGACCAAAACCAACAUUACUACUGACCAAUUGGCUCUUUUUACACUGAAAUCCCAAAUCAUUUCAGACCCCUUUCAUUUCUUGGAUGAAAGUUGGUCUUUCGCGAUGUCCGUUUGCCAUUGGGUUGAAGUCACUUGUGGCUCUCACCACCAGAGAGUGAAGUCCUUGAAUCUGAAUUUCAAUUCCAUAGAGGGCCAGAUACCAAAAGUGAUUGGAAACCUUAGAGAAUUAAAGUUGAGGGGUAACAAUCUCAUAGGCUCUAUUCCUCUGUCACUCUCGAAUGCCUCAAGGUUGGAGACUUUAGAUAUAUCUUAUAAUUCACUUCAAGGAAACAUUCCAGAAGAGAUCAGCAAUCUUCACAACAUGAAAGUUCUAUCCAUACAAGAUAAUCAACUUACGGGGAUAAUUCCACAAGAAAUUGAAAAUCUUGUUAAUUUGGUAGAGUUAGCUAUGGAGAAAAACCACAUUACCGGCUCUGUCCCGAUCUCCAUAUUCAAUAUCUCAUUGUUGCAAAUUUUGUCUGCGUGGGAGAACAAUCUUAGUGGAUUCUUACCACGGGAGAUAAGCAGUCUCAUUGAGUUGGAGGAACUUCGUCUUGCAUUUAAUAGUUUUGGUGGUUCACUCCCAAUGGAGAUCUUCAACAUAUCAGGGCUGAGAGUAAUUGAUCUUACAAACAAUAAUCUAUCUGGAAGCCUCCCACCAAACAGAGGCAUAGAUAAGCCAUAUUUUUUACUGUAGCGACAUAAAUGAGCCAAACUGUUAACAGACGACAUAAGAUCGAGGUGUUUAUUUGUUCAGGUUUUGAAUAGUUAAAGGUCCUAUUCAUGCACUGUCAAAGUUUAAGGUCAAUUUUAUAAUUUGGUGUCAAGUUUAGCGUCAUAUUAAUGUAUUAUGCCAAAGAGUUUUGAAUGAAAAGUAUCUUAAAAAGGAGAUAAUGUUGCUAUUUAACGUCUCUAAUCAGCAACGGUAUUGGCCAUAACAUGUUCCUUGUAAUUUAUGCAACUAUGGAGAAAGCGUUAACCUCUUUUCUCUUAACAUCUUUGUUGCUUCACUAUGUUAUGGCCAGUUCAGCGAUGACCAAAACCAACAUUACUACUUAACAAUUGGCUCUUUUUUCUCUGAAAUCCCAAAUCGCUUCAGACCCCUUUCAUUUCUUGGAUGAAAGUUGGUCUUUCGCUACGUCCAUUUGCCAUUGGGUUGGAGUCACUUGUGGCUCUCGUCACCAACGUGUGAAUUCCUUGAAUCUUUCAAACAUGGCUCUUACGGGCAAGA